CAAGCGGUACUAUACCUUAAAUUUCCUAUACACAUGUGUAGUUUUAAAAAAGUCAUACGUUAUCUGACUAUUUUGUUCUGUGUUAUUAAAAAUGCAAUAUCUUUAGAAUUAACAGAAAUAAUAGAUGGUGGUAGAAUUUCAUGCUAUCAUGUUAUGAUGAAACCUGGUCAAAGAUUCGAAGUGGAUUAUCAAGUUAUUGAUGGAAAUGGUGACAUACAUCUAAUGAUUAUAGAUCCAAAUAAUCAGCAAAUAUUUGCUGAAAUGAGCAAGAACAUUGGACGUUUUGAUUUUCAAGCUCAAGUAAUGGGUGAAUACAGAACGUGCUUCAAUAACAUUCGUGAUAAUAGGCGAAAGGCUGUUUAUUUCGAAAUUUUGAUUGAUGGAAGAGAGUCGGAUGACAUUCUUCAUGAACAAAAUAUCAAUAAAUUCAUCCUCGCGGCCGAAGAUCCGUUCCAUUACCGAAUAGAAAAUGCUACGAACCGACUGAACGGCUUGAAGAAUCAAUUGGACCUUAGUUUGCACAUUAUUACUCUUCGCAGGAUUAUGGAGACACGAGAUAAAAACAUUUUGGAGCAUAAUCUUUCCUUAGUUAAUCGAUGGUCUUUCAUAAAUUUGGCGAUCCUACUCACCGUUUCAGUUAUACAAGUCAUUAUGAUAAGGAGUUUAUUCGACAAUCAGAGCAAAAUCAGGAAAAUUCUUAAAUCCAAGACUUCAUGGUGAAAUCAAUUUUGGAGCCGCUAUAACGUAAAAAUUGUAAAUGUAUUAUGGGAAAUUAUAAUCGGAGAAUAGAAAUUAUCACUAUGAAUGAUUUAUUACGAAUGUAUUUAAUUUCAAUGAUUGUUUAUUUAUAUAUUAGUAAUAAAUUUUAG